AUGAGCUCACCGGCGUCAAAGCGCAUGCGCUUGUCGACCUCGAGGACCUCCCUCUCAGGUCGCAAAAGCAUCUCGGGCAGCCAGUCAGCGCUGCCUCGACCAACUUCAGCCGCCGGACAGAAUCGACUUACAAGCACGCAACCCUCGUACGACUUCAUUACCGGAGGAGCAGUCGAAAAUCCCUCACAGCCGCCCAGACAGUCCAGACUCCGCCAGCCUUCUGUCUCCCGGGCAGAUCCUACCAAAGAUGAAAGUCUGCGAGCGAAGAUUAACUCCCUCGAGUACGAGCUGAAGAAUUUACAGCAAGAGCGGGGUCUUUUGGCAUUGCAACAUGAGAAAGAGCUGCGGGAACAACAACUCAGGGCCGAUGCAGACUUCAAAAAAUACCAAACUGCUGAAAGCGCAGCUCAAAAGGCGACCCAGCGACAAGAGGCACUUGCGAAGGAACUACGCGAAGUGCAAGAUCAAAGGAUCAACGAGAGAGCCGCGCUAGAACGGCAACUAAGGGAUCUCCAAGAUCAAACCGCCUCUCUGAAGGAAGAUGCCGCGGACGCGCAGGCACGUCUCGCUGAUCAAGAAAGGCACUACAAACACCAAAUCAACGACGUCGAGGCAAAACGCGCAGCCCUCCAAGAGACAGUGGACAGUGUCAAACAACAGCUGGAAGAACUAGGUCAGCACUUUGAAUCAUCACAGGCGCGUCUGUCAGAGCGAGAUGCGAAAAUCGAGAGUCUCGAAACCGAGGUGGCUGCAUUGAAGUCGCACUCCGGAGACAGCGAAGCGAUGCAGGUUCUGCAGAACCAGCUUUCUGAACAAAUGGGCCACAUCCGAAAGCUCGAAGCGACCAACAGAGAACAGCUGGCCGAGUUGCGGCGACUGCGCGAAGCGCAUCGCAGUGUAGAGGUCGUCGAAGAACAGAAGCAUGGGCUGGAAAUCGAGCUUCAAGUGCUCAAGGACGUGCAGAGACAAUUGGGCGAGGCUCAGAUACAACGAGAGAUCCUCGAGGAUGAAAAGAGAACCUGGACAAGCCUCUUGCAGCGCGACGGGCAAGAUAUCGAGUUCGACUCUCCCGAGGCUGUCGUCAAGGCUCUGAUCCAGCAGCGGAUAGAGUAUGCUUCAGUCAUGGACAGACUGGGCACAGUCGAAAGUGAACUCGCAGAAAAGGAUGAGAUCAUCAAAGCCCUGGAAAGAGACAAGGCGGCCUUGAACACCGACGUCGAGAAUUUGAAGACCAUGAAGACCGCACAGCCAGAUGCUGGCCAAGACAACAAAGCUUACAAGAGACUAGAGCGACAACGGGUCCUUGCUGUCAAAGAGGUGGAAUAUCUUCGCGCUCAACUGAAAACCUUUGACACCGAGGAGACUGUUUUGAUGGAUAACCAGAACUUUGAUUCACAGCGGUCUGAACAGAUCAAGAACCUGGAAAAUCUGGUAGAUCAAUACAAGGCGGAGGUGCAGACACUCCACUCCGAUUUAUCGAAACUCGAAGCUGCACCUGCAGCCGCUGCUCCCGUACAGGAAGAGCCCCGCGGAACAAAGCGACCGGCAGAUUCGCAGGAGCCUGAGGGCGACGGAGGCAAUUCACAGCUAGGUGCAUUGUUGCGGAAGAACAAGAACCUCCAAAUCGCAUUGCAGAAGACAGCUCAGCAGUCCCAGAUGCUGGCUACGGAUCUUCAAGCAACAAAGGCACAGCUCAAAGCCCUACGAGAGAGUUCCAAAACACGAGUGCUGGAGCUUCGAGACAACCCAACCGCCAAAGCCGAGGUGAUAAAAUUGGCAACCUUACGAACACUGAAGGAAGAAAACAAGGCGCUUCUUGCACAGCUGAGGGGCGAAGACCUUGAAGGCGUCAAAAUGGUCCCUGCCAGCUCGGUUGAUGCACUCAAGCUGGAUCUGAAGGAUAUGGAAAUGGUAGUGGCUGAAAAAGAGAAGCGGAUGAGACGCCAACGGGAGAUCUGGACGCAAAAGGCCGCGGAAUUUCGGGACGUUAUUGCAAGUGUCCUGGGUUACAAAGUCAACUUUCUCCCCAAUGGAAAGGCAAAAGUUUCGAGUAUGUAUUAUGGUCGACCCCAUGAUCUGGGAGACGAGAGCGGGGACGAAGAGGACAACCACUACAUCAUUUUUGAUGGGGACAAUGGUACCAUGAAGAUAAGCGGCGGGCCCGAGAGUCCUUUCGCCGCCGAAAUCAGGGAUCUGAUCAACUUCUGGGUGAAAGAGAAGAAGCAGAUCCCAUGCUUCCUUGCGGCGAUGACCCUGGAGUUCUAUGAAAAGUUCACCGGCAAGGAAAACGAGGCUUGA